CUUGACUCGCUCCGCCCUGAGAUCAGACAGGAAGUGAAUGGAGACGGACUGAGAACAGGCCAGAGUUUCAAACACACUCUUUGAUGAAAUAAACUCAUGAGAUAUCAGCUGAGCACGCCACUCAACAACACACACUACAGGACACAGCACGGCACCGGAGGAAACUGACGGGAGUAGAGGAGAUGGACGCUUGACUCUUCUAAACUAGUUUAACUAGCUCUACACGCGAGGAGAAACGUGGUGAUGGCGCAGGAGAGCGCGGUGCAGUACGAGCCGGUGGCGGAGAUCGGCGGUGGGGCGUACGGGACCGUCUACAAGGCUCGAGAUCGAGACAGCGGGCAGUUUGUGGCUCUGAAGAGUGUGAGAGUGCAGACCAAUCAGGACGGCCUCCCGGUGUCCACGGUGCGAGAGGUGGCUCUGCUCAAACGGCUCGAGCAGUUCGACCAUCCCAACAUCGUCAGGCUGAUGGACGUGUGCGCCACACUGAGAACAGACCAGGAAACUAAAGUGACUCUGGUGUUUGAACACGUGGAUCAGGAUCUCAGGACGUAUCUGGAGAAAGUGCCGGCACCCGGACUGCCCAUCGACCGCAUCAGAGAUCUGAUGCAGCAGCUGCUGUGUGGUCUGGCGUUCCUGCACUCGAACCGAGUUCUCCACCGGGACCUGAAGCCGGAGAACAUCCUGGUGACCAGCAGAGGGCAGGUGAAGCUGGCUGACUUCGGGCUGGCGCGCAUCUACAGCUGCCACAUGGCGCUCACACCGGUGGUGGUGACGCUGUGGUAUCGCUCUCCUGAGGUGCUGCUCCAGACAUCGUACGCCACGCCGCUGGACAUCUGGAGCACCGGCUGCAUCUUUGCUGAGAUGUUCAGACGCAAACCUCUCUUUUGUGGAGAUUCAGAGGUGGACCAGCUGGGCAAGAUCUUUGCGGUGAUCGGCCUGCCGGCUGAGGACGAGUGGCCCACUGAUGUCACUCUUUCCCGGCAGAACUUCAGCCCUCAAACCCCUCAGCCAAUCACAGACUGCGUUCCUGAGAUCAGCGAGAAGGGGGCGGAGCUCUUAUUGGAAAUGCUGACGUUUGACCCGUUGAAACGAAUCUCUGCGCUGAAUGCUUUGGAACAUCCAUUCUUUACCGAAUGAGUGCUUUAUUCAGUUUGAGGUCACAAACCUAGCCUGGACCAUGAAGAGUGUUUUUCCACCAUAGGACUGUGGUGAUAAAUUGAUGCAGAAUCGAUUCUGAGUUUUCCGAAUGCAUCGCUAUUCUCUCUGGAAUCGGUUCUGAGCUUCUAUUUGAACAGCAGAUGGCGAUCUACUCUAGUUUUUGUCCACACACUUGAAUUCUCAUGCUGAAGAGUGCUUGUGCGUUCGGCUGAGUCUCGGAGUGCUGUUAUGAUGCCAGAUUAAUGAAAACAGCCCAUUGUGAACACCUUUGUAAUCCGCUUCAACCUUUUCAAAUUUAAUGAAUGAUUAUUUUAGCUUCAAAUGUGUGUAAGGAUUUGGAAACGAGCAGAGUACGGCUGUUUCUAAAUCAUGCAGCGCCAUCUGCUGUUCAAAACUAAGAUUCGACUCGAGAAAGAAUCACAAUCUCAGAAGAAAGAAUCUCAGAAUCGAUUUCUUCCCCCAGCUCUAUUGCAUCACAUACUUAAGGACUGAACAGUCACCAUACCUGUCUGUGUUUUUAAUCAUGUGCGUCUGUGAGUGAGUGUUUUCAGUGUUGUAUAGGAUGAGUGUCAUGGAUUAAGUGUCAUAUUUCUCUGCCUUAACAGUAUAUUGAGUGAGGGUCAGUGGAACAUUAUCAUUUGCAGGUGCUAUGACGCUGCAUUUCAUUUCUGGUGUGUGUGUGUGUGUGUGUGUGUCCAGCAUCAGUGUGCUGAUUUCACUGCCCCUCAGUAUGUUUCCACCAGACAAAAUAGCUGAACCCGAUAAAUGGCCCCUAACACGCACUGAUUAGUGAUCAGAAUCAUGACACAAAACAAAACUGCCAUUAGAAUCAGAGAAGCCAUUCCCCACUUUUCAGAUUCAUUUGAAAUAAAAUGAUUUUGUUUAUUAAUCUGUGUGGAUAUAAUUUGUUUUUAAUUUAAUCAUACAUUAACAUCUAACUGUAUAGAUGUAAUAUGGUGAUAUAAUAAAGCUGCUGAAUUGAAUGAAAUAGGUUGUAAUGCGGCAUGUUUGUUUGUGGGGAGUUUAUGUAGUUGACUUCAUGUCUUAUAUUGCUGUCAGUCUCUGUUUUACAGCAUCAUGUUUUCUUAUUAUUUGGAUUGCUGUGCUGCUGAAAGCCCAAUCUUCCUCCCAGGUCAUCAGAGAUAACCGUAUGUCUUAACAGAUCUGUAUCAUGUUGAUUAAUGUGUGCUGCCUGCUCCCAUCCCUCAUUUGUAGAUGCUUUCAUUCAAAGCCACCUGUAUUCAGGGAUUCUUGUGUUCCCUGAGAAUCAAACCCAUGUCAUCGGCGUUACUAGUGUAGUGCCAGGAUGCUUCUGACGGCAAACAGUCAGUCUUUACUGCAGAGGAAACGUUUCUGGCCAGACCCCCCCCCCCCCCCUCCAUACUGCUCUAAUAAUGUCUUUAAUCGUGGAGAUAGUCCCAGCAGAAAACCCAUCACUGUUAACUCACUGUAAUUAACCGAGCGAUUGCGUUGUAUGUUGUUCUUGGCUGUUUGUAAAAGUCUACAUUUUAUUAAAAUGUCAUUUUAUGUU